CACGUAGUGCGUACGUCAUUAUAGGUGAACUAUACUUUAAACGUGCAUAGGCCGGUACGUUGCAGACAGUUGCGUUUGUGUGGAGCUGCCACGGCAGUGAUUUGGUAGAGGAAGUGAGACAGACGCAGAGGCUGGCAGGCAAAUAGGCAGAUAACCAGGAGAGAUGGCAUCCGCUGUUGAGAACGCACUAACAGACUACUGCGGGAGUGCCUUCUGGGAUACUCAGGUGUCGUGGAACACCACAUCACCUGACCUGACACCGUGCUUCGAAUGGAGCUGCAUGCUGUGGGUUGCCUGUGGCUUCUACUGGUUAUUCUUCCCUCUUCACUAUGCGUCAUCGCUCUGGUCGAGGACUCCUCCUCUCUACCACAGCUGGUUCAGCAUCUCACGAACGGUGUUGGCCUUGCUGCUAUUUGUACUUGCUUUCGUAGACUUUUUCUACAGCCUGUAUGUAUGGAAACACGACGACGUCAACCUUCCAAAUAUCUACUUCGUGACACCAGUCAUUAUAGCUGCCACCAUGCUGUUGGUGAUGCUGAACGCGCAAAUAGACAGACGAAGUGGAGAGAGAGCUUCAGGGCUUCCCUGCCUCUUCUUCCUCCUCCUGUUUGUACAAGCAGUCUUAGUGCUACAGACGGACAUCCGGAUCGCCGUUCGUAACAAUGGCGUGGAUGACAAGGUUCGCUUCUCUUUCUACUGCAUCUACGUCCUGCUAGUGUUGCUACAGUUCUUGCUCUGCUUCACCUACGAUCCAGCCAAAGCCACCAUGGAGGAGAUUGGGCAGGGGGAGCAUCCGUGUGGACAGAAGACUUCAUCGUUCUUUAGCGCGUUGAUUUAUGGCUGGUGCUCGAGACUCGUUCGCAAGGGCUACAAGAGGGCGCUGGAGAGAGAUGACCUCUGGGAUCUUAAUCCGGAGGACACUUGCAAGCGACUGCUGCCCGAAUUCGAAGCCAAGUGGGACAAGGAAAUCAUCAAGGUUAAACGGAUGAAGGCAGUGCGGCGAGCAGAGGUUGAGUCCGGAUUAGAGCAGAGUCCUCUCUACGAGCCAAGCAUAAUGAGAACAAUAUUUAAGGUGUACGGGCCGACACUGCUGUUCGCUUCCCUGGUAAAGUUAGUCAGCGACACGAUACAGUUUGUGUCGCCGACAGUACUAAAAUAUUUGAUAGCGUUUACGAGCGAUACGACUCAGCCGGCGUGGCGCGGCUAUUUCUACACGGCGCUUAUCUUUGGCGCGGCGGUCACACAGAGCCUGUGCACGCACGUGCACUACACGAAGAUGCUGUCUGUCGGCAUGCGCAUCCGCUCCUCUCUCACCAGCUUGAUUUACAAAAAGUCACUGACGAUGUCCAACGCAGCGAAGCGGACGUCGACCGUUGGAGAGAUUGUGAACCUGAUGUCAGUUGACGCCCAGCGCGUCAUGGACGUUAUGUACUUUGGCGCACUUAUUUGCACCUAUGAUAUGUCACUGUUAGAGGUCAACACAUAUGACGUCAUCGUCAUGUUUCAGCACCUACAACGACAGUGUCAUAGGGUCGUACCUAUGACGUCACCGUCAGAGGUCAGCACCUAUGACGUCACUCUCAGAUGCAGUCCGAUCAUUGCCGACAACGGUUCGUUCGGCUGGGCGGUCGAAGGCGAGCCGACGCUAUCCAAUAUCAACCUGGAAGUCAAGCAGGGGUCACUCGUCGCCGUCGUCGGCAAGGUCGCUUCGGGCAAGUCGUCGUUAGUCAGCGCCCUCUUGGGGGAGAUGGAGAAACUAAUCGGGAAGGUCAACAUCAAGGGAACGAUCGCCUACGCAGCGCAGCAGGCGUGGAUACAGAAUGCUACUCUUAAGCAGAACAUCAUCUUCAACAAGCCAUACGACGCCAGGAAGUACGAUCGAGUAAUCGAGGCAUGUGCACUGAAGCCCGACUUUGAGAUACUGCCAGAUGGCGACAGAACCGAGAUCGGAGAAAAGGGUAUUAAUCUGAGUGGUGGGCAGAAGCAGCGCGUAAGUCUAGCUAGAGCCGUCUAUAACGACACGGAAAUCGUGAUAUUUGACGACCCGCUCAGCGCUGUGGACGCUCACGUCGGCAAACACAUAUUCGAAAAAGUCAUCGGACCGCAUGGCAUGCUGAAGAACAAGACGAGAGUGUUGACUACGAACAGCAUCUCGUUCCUGCCGCAAUUCGACCAGAUUCUCGUCCUCAGUGGAGGACGCAUCUCGGAGGUCGGAACAUACAGGGAACUAUUGAACAACAACGGCGCGUUCGCUGAGUUUCUGCGAGCCUAUCUCACCGACCCGGACAACGAGGACGCCAUUGUUAGCGACUCGGAAAACUUCAACCAGUUCAUGAACAUCACGUUCAGCGUGAUCGGAACUCUCGUCAUCAUCUCCAUCUCGACGUGGUACUUCAUCUUCGUCGCGAUCCCACUUGGCAUCGCGUACUACUUCAUACAGAAGUUCUACAUCGCCACGUCGCGCCAGCUGAAGCGACUGGAAUCAAUCACGCGUUCACCGAUGUACACGCACUUCUCUGAGUCUGUGACAGGGGCGGGCACCAUCAGAGCUUACGGGUACGUAUCUGUGAGGGGCAGGAGCAAGGACAGUGGCAGGGCACAUAGUGGGCCAGAAGCGCAGGGACAAUGGCAAGGGGGACCGCGGGCGGAGCUCAUAGCGCUGUCGCCGUGA